UCCUUCCAGAGUCCAGUCUCCAGACGACACACACAGAAAUGGAGAGGUGUGUGAGGCGGAGGUGUUCCCCAUCCUCCUCUCGCCUUAUCCCUCUCUCCCCCUCCUCCUCCUCCUUUUCCCCUUCCCCGCUCGACCCACCCCACCGCGCCGGCGAUGAUGUCGAUCACCUCCACCGCCGCCGCCGGGACUCCGCUCUGCCGGCCGUCCGUCUCCAGGGGUGGACGGCGGAGCAGGUGCGCCGUCCGAGCCCAAGCGGCCGGAGACGGUGGAGCCGCCGCCGACGGGGCGUCGUCGGAGCAGAAGUCUCUGGAGAUAAUGCGCAAGUUCUCGGAGCAGUACGCCCGCCGCUCCAGCACCUUCUUCUGCUCCGACAAGUCCGUCACCGCCGUCGUCAUCAAGGGCCUUGCUGACCACAAGGAUCAACUCGGAGCACCUCUCUGCCCCUGCAGGCAUUACGACGACAAGGCCGCCGAGGCCGCGCAAGGGUUCUGGAACUGCCCGUGCGUCCCCAUGCGAGAAAGGAAGGAGUGCCAUUGCAUGCUUUUCCUUACGCCCGACAACGAUUUUGCCGGAGAGGACCAGGCCAUCAGCUUGGAGGAGAUCAAGGAGGCGACGUCCAAGUACUAACCACAUAACACUUGUUUUGCUCGAGAGGGGGCUAUAGUCAGUCGUCGUUGUCGGGACCUGUGUAUGUAGUAUCUCUGUAACAACAGGAAAUAAGAAAUGUCUGUCUGGAAUGAUGUCUGUUGUCAUCCAUCUUGAGAGAAGUUAAGGCCUGAUGGUUGCACUCCCGACUCGUCAAUGUUACGAUUUAUUGCGUGUUUGGGCUGGCGUAAAGCGUACUCCAUGAGAAGUGAAGGAAGGAUGUUGUGUGAGACGUCGUCUCUGAUGCUUCUUUUUCUUCCUGAAUGAAUGAUGUGUGGGAGGGAAGCAACAGCAACGCGCCAUUGCCCAUGUCCAUGGCACCCAACAACUCAUCUUUUCAAUGUUAUUAUUGUUAUGUCUUUUUA